CUGGGAUCUUCCCGCCGGCCCGCCCGCCCUUCCAGUCGCCCCGGGCGGGGUCUGCAUCUCGCCGGUCGGGCCGUGGGAUCGAAAUUCGUGGUAACCACGAACUGAAGGAGCUGAAGCAGCCCGGAGAACUGGAGAAAACCGCUCUAAUCUGACGACUUCAGCUAAAAGCUGACGCUACAUGACUCUGGGAUGACUUCUCUGAGAUCCCUCCAGACCUGAGCCCUUUGCUAGAGCCAUGCUGGUGGCCCAGUGACCAGGUGAUUAGCACUCCUUGUGCCUGCGACCCAGGACCCUGGCUCACCACAGUGAAGCAGGAUGCUUCAGCAGUUGAAUGGCCACAGUUCCAGCUCUCAUGACCAAAGCAAAGUGUCCCUCAGAGAAGACAUACAAGAGUUCCUGAGUGGGGAGGCCCCAUUGCACCAGUUAGAUGACCUCACCAAGGUGAAUCCUGUGACACUGGAGACAGUUCUAAGGUGCCUGCAGGCCCGGUACAUGGUGGACACAUUCUACACCAAUGCUGGCUGCACCUUGGUAGCUUUGAACCCCUUCAAGCCUGUCCCUGGGCUCUACUCUCCAGAAAUGAUGAGAGAAUACCAUGCUGCAUCUCAACCCCAGAAACUGAAACCCCACAUCUUCACUGUGGGUGAACAGACCUACAGGAAUGUCAAGAGCCUGAUUGAGCCAGUUAACCAGUCUAUUGUGGUCAGUGGAGAGAGUGGUGCUGGAAAGACAUGGACGUCCCGCUGCCUGAUGAAAUUCUAUGCUGUCGUAGCUACCUCACCCACUUCCUGGGAGAACCAUAAGAUUGCCGAGAGGAUCGAACAGCGGAUCCUGAAUUCCAACCCUGUCAUGGAAGCUUUUGGGAAUGCAUGUACGCUGAGGAAUGACAACAGCAGUCGCUUUGGGAAGUUCAUCCAGCUCCAGCUGAACAGGGCCCAGCAGAUGACAGGAGCUGCAGUCCAGACCUACCUCCUAGAGAAAACUCGUGUGGCCUGCCAGGCUUCCAGUGAGAGGAACUUCCACAUUUUCUAUCAGAUAUGCAAAGGAGCCAGUGAGGAGGAGAGGGUCCAGUGGCACCUCCCCAAGGGAUCCACCUUCUCCUGGCUGCCCAACCCAGAGAGAACUUUGGAAGAGGAUUGUUUUGAGGUGACCAGAGAGGCCAUGCUCCAUUUGGGCAUCGAUACCCCCACCCAGAACAACAUCUUUAAGGUCCUAGCUGGACUGCUACACCUUGGCAAUGUCCAAUUUGCAGACUCAGAGGAUGAAGCCCAGCCCUGCCAACUGACGGAAGAGGCCAAGUGCUCUGUCAGGACAUCAGCCUCGUUACUGCAGCUCCCAGAGAACAUGCUGCUGGAGACAUUGCGGAUUAGAACCAUCAGGGCGGGCAGGCAGCAGCAGGUGUUCCGGAAGGCCUGCUCCCGAGCUGAGUGUGACACCCGCAGAGACUGUCUGGCCAAACUGGUCUAUGCACGGCUGUUUGACUGGCUGGUGUUGGUGAUCAACAGUAGCAUCUAUGCAGACCCCGACUCAUGGACCACUUUCAUAGGUCUGCUGGAUGUGUAUGGAUUUGAGUCAUUUCCUGACAACAGUCUGGAACAGUUGUGCAUCAACUAUGCCAAUGAGAAGCUACAGCAACACUUUGUGGCUCACUACCUCAGGGCUCAGCAGGAGGAAUACGCAGUGGAAGGCCUGGAGUGGUCAUUUGUCAAUUACCAGGACAACCAGACCUGCUUGGAUCUCAUCGAGGGAAGCCCUAUCAGCAUCUGCUCCCUCAUAAACGAGGAGUGCCGCCUAAAUCGGCCAAGCAGUGCAGCCCAGCUCCAGACACGCAUUGAGAGUGCCUUGGCAGGUAGCCCCUGCUUAGGCCACAAUAAGCUCAGCCGGGAGCCCAGUUUUGUGGUGGUGCAUUUUGCAGGGCCUGUGCGGUACCACACAGCAGGCCUGGUGGAGAAGAACAAGGACCCCGUCCCUCCUGAACUGACUGGGCUCUUGCAGCAAUCCCAGCACUCCUUACUCACUGUGCUGUUUCCUACUGACCCCAAAGAGAAGACCCAGGAAAAACCCUCUGGCCAGAACAGGACCCCUGCAUUGACUGUGGUGUCCAAGUUCAAGGCUUCCCUGGAGCAGCUCCUGCGGAUCCUGCAGAACACCACACCCCACUACAUUCGCUGUAUUAAGCCCAACAGCCAGGGCCAGCCACAGAGCUUCCUCCAAGAGGAGGUCCUGAGCCAACUGGAGGCCUGUGGCCUUGUAGAGACCAUUCAUAUCAGUGCUGCUGGCUUCCCCAUUCGGGUCUCUCACCAGAACUUUAUGGAACGAUAUGAGUUACUGAGAAGGCUCUGUCCUCAAGCAUCCUCAAGUUUCCAUAACCCAUAUUCUGCCAAAGAGCACUCUGAACAGCCACCACAGGGUGAGGCGGCCACACUGCAGACUCUCCUCCAGGACAUUCUCCACAUUCUGCCAGCACUAACUGGGACAGCAGCCACACCUGUUGAUUCAGCUGAGUGCACACCAGCUCCACUGCAGUGUGGCAGGACCAAGGUGUUCAUGACUGACUUCAUGCUAGAGCUUCUGGAAAACAGACGUACGCAGGUGCUGGAGCAGUGUGCCCGCUGCAUCCAGUGUGGCUGGAGACAACACCAGCGUAGAAAGCAGAAGAGGCAGAGGCGAGCUGCCACCCUCAUUCAGGCAGCCGUUCGUUCCUGGUUAACUCGGAAACACAUCCAGAGGCUGCACAUAGCAGCCACAGUCAUCAAGCACGCAUGGCAGAAGUGGAGAAUCAGAAUGGCCUUCCUUGCUUCUAAAGAACUGGAUGGUUUGGAAGAAAAACACUUUUCCCAAGCUCAUGGUUCCCCGAACUCUCCACUGCCCCCAAUGCAGACCAGGCUCCUAGGGGCAAUAAUCCGGCUUUGGCCUCUAGGACUAGUCCUGGCCAAUGCAGCUGUGGGUAUACGCGGCUUUCAGAGAAAACUGGUAGUCCAUGCCUGCCUCCAGCUUCCCUCAAGCAGCUCCAGGAGCUCCAGUGUCCAGACAGCACAACAAGACCAGGCUGGUGUCAGGUCCAUCCGAGCACUACCUCAGGGCUCGAUAAGGUUUCACUGCAGAAAGUCUCCACUGCGCUACGCCGACACCUGCCCUGAACCUUCACCCUCUAGUGUUACUGGCUUUAAUCAGAUUCUGCUAGAAAAACACAGGCCAAUCCAUGUGUGACCUCUUCUUACCCUCUGGU